AUGGCUACACGCACGCCUAAUAAGAUCGCCCUGAUCGGCCUAGGCUCCAUCGGCAUCUCGUUUGCUGCUCUCCACAUCCAGCACACCGACGCGCAUCUGUCUGUCUAUGAUCCACGGCCAGAUUUGCAGGCACACCUCGAGUCCAUUCUGCCGCUGUACCUGGGAGAAGUAUCGAAAGUAGCCACGACGACCGUGGCCGACUUGCUUUCCAAUGGUCGCCUCCGGCUCGCCUCGUCCGUCGAGGACGCCUGCGCUGGUGCGCACAUUGUCCAAGAACAAGGGCCCGAGAAUCUCGAGUUCAAGCGGCGCGCCCUCAGAGCCAUUGAGGCGUCGGCCCCGCCCGAGGCACACCUCUGGAGCUCGACGUCUGGCAUCCCCGUGUCGGCCCAGGCAGCCAACAUGAAGGACCGCGCACGCCUGUUGGUCGUCCACCCGUUCAACCCACCGCACAUUCUGCCGCUGAUCGAGAUCAGCCCAGGACCCGAGACGGCACCAGAGCGCGUGCGGUUUGCAAAGACUUUUUUCGAGACACUCGGAUCGGGUCAUUGUCCUGUCGUUGUCCGCAAAGAAGUGCCCGGGUUUGUGGGCAACCGCCUGGCCUUUGCCUUGCUGCGUGAGGCUGUGAGCCUCGUCAAUGAAGGUGUUGUCGACGAUGUAAGUGAUAUCGACACCGUCGUGGAGGCCAGUCUCGGACCACGCUGGGCGGUGCAAGGUCCGUUCAAGUCGUAUGCCAUGGGUGGAGGAACUGGUGGGCUCGGUGCAUUCCUCAAGAACCUGGCAGGCUCCAUCCAGACGGUCUGGGACGACCAGUCUCGACAGCUACCUAAUAUUCUGGACAAGGACGGAAAACCGGCCGACUGGGUAGACACACUCGUGGCCAAGACGGAUGCCGUUUAUGGUCUGCCAACGCCGGUUGUCAUUGAGGAUCGCGAUGUCAAGUUACGACGGCUUCUGGAAGCGAGAAAAUAA